GUCUGCUCUAGCUCCCUCUCUGCCUCUCUCAAGGAUCCUGUCUAUCAGGGCAAGGAUAAUCUAUCAGAAGGACAAGCAAAAGAAAACACACAAAAACAAGGAAGGAACGAACGAACCGAGAAGCGCGAUCAGGAGAACCAGGAUCCAAGAUUUAAAACGAAGUUAGUUUCUCUGCAAGGUGUAUGGUACUUUUCACAUUUCUGAACAACGGCACUGAAUUGUACAAGGUAAAUUAUGACCACUCUGCUUUUAGUGUUUGUAUGUUUGCGAGUGAUCGCAGCAGCUAUUUCUGUUGAAGUUUCUGAUAAUGCUAAGGCACUGAGUGUGAAGAUUGCCGCACAGUCACCAGUGAAGGCUGUGCUCGCAAGCUCUGUGACUAUUCCCUGCUACUUCAUCACCUCCACACCACUCUCUCCGGACUCUCCCCUGACAUCUCUGCUAGCCCCAAGAAUCAAAUGGACCAAAAUCACAGAGGACAGAAAAGAGACAGUCAUCGUGGUUGCUACUUCUGGAAAGGUUAAGAUCAACCAAGAGUACAAAGGUCGAGUCCAGCUUCCAAGUUACCAUGAAAUUCCAAGUGAUGCCACCCUACAGCUGGAUAAACUACUGUCAAGUGAUUCAGGAAUGUACCGCUGUGAGGUAAUGCAUGGGAUUGAGGACAGCCAGGAUGCUGUAGAGUUGGUUGUCAAAGGUGUCGUUUUCCAUUAUCGUGCCAUCUCCAGCAGGUACACCCUCAACUUCUACAAAGCCCAGCAGGCUUGUAUUGACAACACUGCCAUCAUUGCAACCCCAGAACAACUACAAGCAGCUUACGAUGAUGGAUAUGAUCAGUGUGAUGCUGGCUGGAUGUCUGAUCAAACAGUAAGGUAUCCAAUUCACAAACCGCGAGUGGGAUGCUAUGGUAAUUUGGAUGAGUAUCCAGGCGUCAGAUCAUAUGGUAUUAGAGACACCAAUGAAACUUAUGAUGUUUAUUGCUUUGCAAAAGAAUUACAAGGCAAAGUCUUCUACAUAACCACCACUGGAAGAUAUGCCUUCAAGGAAGCAAUGGAAGCUUGCCUGGAUAAAGGUGCUCAGUUAGCCACCACAGGACAGUUGUACCUAGCAUGGAAAGAUGGCAUGGAUCAAUGCAAUACAGGCUGGCUUGCUGAUGGCAGUGUCAGAUACCCAAUCUCAAAACGAAGACCUAACUGUGGCGGCAACCUAUUAGGAGUUAGAACUGUGUACCGAUACCCCAACCAGACUGGCUAUCCUGAUCCCAUCAAUCGCCAUGAUGCCUACUGCUUCAGUGGAAAGCCUGAUGUAGAAGCAUUUACAGAAACUCCAAUCGUCUACCCAGCCACAGAGCCAGAAGAGGUAUUUACCGAUGAAGGAAGCGCCUUUACCAUCCAAACCAUACCUGAGAAGGUAGAGGUAUUCUUCACAAAGACUACUGAAGAGGGAGAAGUACGGGGAGAUGUUUUUACACUUAGCCCUUUCACUCCAAUAACUCUACCAUCCACUGAGGAAGCUCUUGAGUUGACCAUGUCUCCAGCGGUCCUCACCCCAGAGACUGGCAGAAUCCCAGCUCCUGAAGAAGCUGUUACUGAGGGAAUUAUCCUUCCUAACAUUACAGGCCUACCUGAAGAACGAACCAUCCCUGGAAUCAUAUCAGCCAUUACUGAGGAGAUCUCCAGUCCAGAAGUGCCAGUAUCUGUGGUAGCGACUGUUGGGGUCUCUGUACCCAUCGAAGAACUGACAGCAACUAUAGGACUAGAAGUCACAGAAGUUCCACCUCACACUCCAGCCACCAUAGAGGAGGUUGUUCCUAAGGCAACAGCAGUUCCAGAUGUCCUGGCAAAACUGCCCGAAGGGCUGACGGCAGCUCCGCCUGAGACAGGAACCCCAAUCACAGAAGUCAUCACCCAAAAAUUGAUCGAAGUGGAUGAGAGUUCAACAUUAUGUCCCAUCAGCCCAAUGGCUCCAACUGGGAUUGUUUUCCAUUACCGUGCUAUUUCAAGCAGGUAUACCCUUAAUUUCACCGAGGCCCAGAUAGCCUGUUUGGAAAACAAUGCCAUUAUUGCCACUCCUGAGCAGCUUCAGGCAGCCUACAAGAAAGGAUACAACCAGUGUGAUGCAGGCUGGCUCUCUGACCAGACAGUCAGGUACCCAAUGGUGGACCCUCGAGAUCAUUGCUUUGGUGACAAAGAUGGCUUUCCUGGUGUAAGGAGUUAUGGCGUCCGCAGUCCUGAAGAAACUUACGAUGUCUACUGCUACAUCGAAGCUUUAAAUGGGAAGGUAUUCCAUGCAACUGUGGCGGAUGGAUUCACUUAUGACGAAGCGGUUGACUACUGCAUCAGCCAUAACGCGAAGAUAGCCAGCACCGGCCAGCUGUACGCAGCGUGGAAACAGGGCAUGGACAGGUGCCGAGCCGGCUGGCUAUCGGACGGCAGCGUUAGAUACCCCAUCCAAACUCCCAGACCGUAUUGUGGCAGUGGGCGAGCUGGAGUGAGAACGGUGUACCUGAACCUGGAUCAGACUGGAUACCCUGACCCUGAGUCACGCUACGAUGUUUACUGCUUUCGAGAAGCCAUUGGUCCCAUGGUGACGGAGGAGCCAGAGGUCAAGGAGCUGACGGUACCCAUGAUCCGAGUGGAUGAAGUCACACAGACUCCUGUGGUAGAGCUGGAAGUAGCCAAGACCGUGAGACCAGAGGAAGUCGAGCUAGGCAAAACCGAUAUAUUUGCCGAGGAGACAACUGGGCAGCCCACUAUUACAAUGGGUUUGAUUGAAGAGACCAUAGCAACCCAGGUGGUACCUAAGGUGAAGAUAUUGCCUCCUGAAUUAUCUACAGUAUCCCAAGUUUCUGAGCCCACCACUGAAACCAUCCCAGAUCUAUACCUCACAAGCGAAGAGGCUGAGAGACGCCUUGCAACAGUAACACCCACAGCAGAGCCUGAAUCUGCUGAUGUAACACCCAUGCCAGAAGUGAGCGGGGAACCUUCUGGAAUACCUGAUGUUAGUGGAGAACCUUCUGGAAUACCCGAAAUUAGUGGAGAACCUACUGGAAUACCCGACAUUAGUGGGGAACCUUCUGGAAUACCUGAUAUUAGCGGGGAACCUUCUGGAAUACCUGACAUUAGUGGGGAACCUUCUGGAAUACCAGAUAUAAGUGGGGAACCUUCUGGAAUACCAGAUAUUAGUGGAGAACCUUCUGGAAUACCUGAUGUUAGUGGAGAACCUUCUGGAAUACCUGACAUUAGUGGGGAACCAUCUGGAAUACCAGAUAUUAGCGGAGAACCUUCUGGAAUACCAGAUAUAAGCAGGGAACCUUCUGGAAUACCUGAUAUUAGUGGAGAACCUUCUGGAAUACCAGAUAUAAGUGGGGAACCUUCUGGAAUACCUGAUAUUAGUGGAGAACCUUCUGGAAUACCUGACAUUAGUGGAGAGCCUUCUGGAAUACCUGACAUUAUUGGAGAACCUUCUGGAAUACCUGACAUUAGUGGAGAACCUUCUGGAAUACCCGAUAUUAGCGGAGAACCUUCUGGAAUACCGGAUAUAAGUGGGGAACCUUCUGGAAUACCUGAUAUAAGUGGGGAACCUUCUGGAUUACCUGAUGUCAUUGGAUUACCAACCAGGAUACCUGAAAUUAGUGGUGAGCCAUCAGAAACUCCUGAUAUAAGUGGUGAAGCUUCAGGAAUUCAGGUUAUCCUGAUACCCUCAGAAGAUCGGGAAUAUCCAACCAGGCCAACUGAGUUUGUUGAAGCUGGGAAAGGGCCAAUUGAAGAACAUAUUUCAAAGAUUCCCGAUAUUAGUGGGGAGCCUUCUGGGAUUCCAGAAAUAUCUGGAGAGGCAUCUGGCAUUCCAGACAUAAGUGGGGAGCCUUCCGGGAUUCCUGAAAUAAUUGAGGUGCCGUCUGGCAUUCCAGACAUAAGUGGGGAGCCUUCCGGGAUUCCUGAAAUAAUUGAGGUGCCGUCUGGCAUUCCAGACAUAAGUGGGGAGCCAUCCGGGAUUCCUGAAAUAAUUGAGGUGCCAUCGAGCAUUCCAGACAUAAGUGGGGAGCCUUCUGGGAUUCCUGAAAUAAUUGAGGUACCGUCUGGCAUUCCAGACAUAAGUGGGGAGCCUUCCGGGAUUCCUAAAAUAAUUGAGAUACCGUCUGGCAUUCCAGACAUAAGUGGGGAGCCUUCUGGGAUUCCUGAAAUAAUUGAGGUGUCAUCUGCCAUUCCAGACAUAAGCGGGGUGCCAUCCGGGAUUCCUGAAAUAAGUGGGGUACCAACCCACAUUCCAGAGAUAAGUGGGGAACCAUCCGGGAUCCCUGAAAUAAGUGGGUUGCCAUCUGGCAUUCCAGAGAUAAGCGGUGUACCAUCCGGCAUUCCAGAGAUAAGUGGGGAGCCAUCCGGGAUCCCUAUUGUAAGUGGGGAGUUGGAAGUCAAUGGAAAACCAUAUGAGGUUAGUGGUGAACCUUCUAGAGUUUCCCAAACUAUUAUUACAUCCAGAAUUAUAGACAUAAGUAAAGAACCAGAAGACAUUGACGAGCCUUCAGGAUCUCCUGAAGUUACCACCAAAUCCCCUGUGGUGCCCUUGCCCAUAACACCUGGUAUUACAGAUGUUUCAUUACCUGAUGUGGUCACAAUUACAAGACAGACCGAGAUUGAAAUAACCCACGUAGAAGUAAAAGUACCAGAAGAAGCUCAACGUGAAAGAGAUGAAGUUCCUUCGAUAUUAAUAGACACCACAACAGCUGGAGAAACUCCCAAGACUGUGGACAUGCUGAAGGUUACUCCAGCCACACCAGCCCUCCUCACGACAGUUCCACCUCAAAUAUCACCCGAAGUGUCUGGACCUGUGACAGCAGAAGUUGUCCCUGACCCAUGCCAAGACAGCCCCUGUGGUCCAGGAACAUGUGUGGUGAGAAAUGGCAGCUUUGUUUGUAAAUGCCCCUCUGGAUGGACAGGCGAACAUUGCGAAAUAGACGUUGACGAGUGCCACUCGAGCCCUUGUCAGAAUGGAGCUACCUGUAUCGAUGGCAUCGACUCUUUCAAAUGCUUGUGCCUACCCAGCUAUGGAGGGGACCUCUGUGAAAUUGAUGUGGAGAAGUGUGAAGUUGGUUGGGCUAAGUUUCAGGGUCACUGUUACAAGCACUUCGUUGACAGACAGACUUGGGAAGAAGCAGAGCACCAGUGCAGGAAGCACAAAGCUCACCUGGCCAGCCUCGUCACUCCAGAGGAACAGGCGUUCGUUAACAGUUAUGCCCAGGAUUAUCAAUGGAUUGGAUUGAAUGACAAGACAAUAGAGGGAGACUUCCGUUGGUCCGAUGCCAGCCCUCUGUUAUAUGAGAACUGGCGGCCCAAUCAACCCGAUAGCUUCUUCAGCAGUGGGGAAAAUUGCGUUGUCAUGAUCUGGCACGAGAACGGCCAAUGGAAUGAUGUUCCCUGCAAUUACCACUUGCCUUACACCUGCAAGAAGGGAACAGUUGCUUGUGGCCAACCCCAGUGGUGGAACAUGCCAGAACCUUUGGAAAGAAGAAAGACCGUUUUGAAUUAAUUCCUUGGUACGGUAUCAAUGUAAAGAUGGGUUCUUACAACGUCAUUUCCCCCAACAUCAAAUGUCAGCCAAAUGGCCAGUGGGAGCAGCCAAGGAUAGUCUGCAUAGACUCUGCCAAAUAUAUCCGCAGACCCCAGAAGAGGGUUGAUACAAAUAGGCCACAUCCUCAAAAAGAACCAAGUGCUUCAUACAAGUCUGGCCCUUAAGUGGAAAAAAAGAUAUAAUUCUAUUUCAGAACAUUUAUAUUAAGAAAAAAAUAAUUUUGUCAGAUAAGAGAUUUGUUUUCCCAGCCAAUAUAUAAAACACCAAAGCAUCCCUAGAUCCAAUGCCUUUUUUUUCUCGAUUUCAAGUCAAGCAUUAUCAUUUGGGUUGAAUUCUUCAAUCUGUCAUUGUGCCUUUGGGAUGAGAUGCUGAAGAUUUUAUUUUCAACCUGCUACACAUCAUAAGAAGUAUCGGAUCAACUUAACAGCUGGACAAUGCCAGCUGAGAUACAUCAAUAUAGUUUAAAGUGAUGUUGGAAUGUAAAAUGCAAACAGAAUCAUUCAAAAAUGCAACACAUUCACAGAUUUAGUUGUUUUCAAAAUGAGAAAAAAAUAUAGUUUCUUUGCUGUGAACAUAAAAGCAACAGAAUGAUUGUCCUGAUGCUAUUCAACCAGGACCAUGCAGUGCAUGGUGUUAUAGUUUCUUAUUUGUUGAGGUGCAUAGUAGAAAUUGGAGUGCUAACCCAUUAUCAAUUGCAGGAGCCACUUCCAGAGUGUAAGUUCUGUUGCACAAAAAUCUUGCAUUUCAUAACUUUCGAACUGGAAAGCGAGCAAAAAGAAAAGAUGGAUUUGGUUUAUGUUUAGAGAACUGAGGGGAAAAAUAUGACAAAAUAUGUCCUUCAACGUGUAAAAUAAAAUAUACACCGUGAUAUUUUAUCCUGAGUAAAGAAAACAAUAACAGCUUUAAAAAUAUUUCAGUGGAGUGUAUGUGUGAGUGUGUGCGCUUAUUUUAAUGAAACUGUGAAUGUUUGAGAGAUAAGGUGUAUGCAUGCAGCUGAAAAAAGUACAGAAAAAGAAGCUUUGCUUUUAUUAAAUUUUAGGUAAUUGUAAAGAGGGGACUGGAAACCGUAAAUCGGUUUUGAAGCUUGUGGAAACCAAUUGAUAAAUUGACAUUCUUCCCACUUUGAACCUUAAACUCAGAGAAUUUCUUUUGUUUUAAAGGGAAAUAUCCUCUAUUAGCAGCCGCAAAGCUGUCUCCCUUUUAUUUUAAAGAAAGAAAAUAAAUCCCUUAAGUUGCAGAAAAUGUAAGUCUGCAGUUUACCAAUUUCACUAACGCCCAUCUAAUUUUCUGAGAGAGAUUUAAGGUUAAGCAAUGCGCUUCUAAUCCUUGCAUCUGCCUGGAACCCUGGUCCAGGUCGCUGGGAUGAACCUCAACUCUCUGCCCAGAUUCCUUGAACAAAGUGAGAUAGUGGAGGGCCAUCCUGGAUCUCAAUGAACCCAAAGUGCUCCUGAGAAAUUCAGGUGUCAGAAACAGAAAUAUCACACUGAUAUAGAUAGGGGCAUCAAGCUAAAAUAAUGUUGGGACACAGGUUAUGCUAGACACCACCAAUGUGUCCACAACAUCUGAGAUAAGGAUCCACAUUAUAGAACUAAUGUCCCCUGCCCAACAGAAUACAUAAAGCACAAAGUUGGUGGUGUGUAUGUGUGGUACAGAGUGGCACUCAUUCACCCUGAACACAAUUUCUUCACAAUUCUAAAUUUCAGUUUACCAUAAUCUAAAAGAUUACGUGGAAGCCUCCUUCAUGUUACACCUGCACCUUCAAUGUUCAAUGGUUUGAUUCCACACCAAUUGCAAACGCAAGGUCAGAAAAUGCAGCCUCCACCAAGAGAUUGAGUUUCACCCGACCUUAUUGCAGAAUGUUGCUGGAUUCUGUCUCAGUGCCUAUUUGCCUCCUUGUCUGUGUUGGUGUGGAAUCCAAACCCUUUGUGCUGACACUGCAUGUACAGCCCAUUCCAUCAAUGGUGACAGAAGAUAGUCAAAACCUCAGAAUGACUCCUUAUUCCAGGAGCCCCUGUUAAUGCUGUGAUUGGUUGCUGGAUCAACUUGCCCACAGUGGAAAAAGUUCUCCCCUCUGGCACACUCGUCCAGAUUAAAAUUGGCUGGAAAGCGAAGUGAGGAGCAAGCAGGGUACCAUAAGAUAGUCAGUGCCAGUUCCUCGAUCAACAGCCUUGGGAUAGGAAUGCAAGAAGAAAGGAAGUUAUAAAGUGAUGGUCACUUAUUGCCCUGUGGGUUUGUUUCCUAGAUUACAUUGCAAACUAAAACAUCUUCAUUCUGCAAAUCAUUGCAUUCUUCAAUUGCCGCUGUUUCACAUUUUCGCUUCCUUUUUUUAAAAAAACAGAUGACUCUUUGUGAAGUCUGCCAUCAGUUCGAACACUGGAGAAACCCAAUACAAACAGCUCAGAGAUGUUAUAGAGUCUGUUCUUGCUGAGUUCAGUGGCCAAAACUGCUAGAGCCUCACCAGCAAUACCAGCUUGCAACAUAUCUGACUUGUUUCUUAUGCUUUUAACAGGUACUAUACACCUGGAGAGUACUUAACGUCACAAAGGAAUUCCUAUAGGUAGUUAUUUUAUCAUGAUGAGGACAACAGGUUAAAGGAGCAUUCAUCUUUCUGUAAUAAUUCAUUUCUUAAAUAGAAAUCAUUCAAGUUACCAAACACCAGCACCUGCACACCAAUCUUAAACCCGAUAGCCUGGGUUUUGUAGUUGCUUCUUUCUGAAUAGUAAGACUGUAAUAUUGCAUCAUGGAUUCCACCAAUCCAUUUAACACUUCCAGUUUUGUGGUAAAGAAGGGAUGGUAUUCAAACAAUCUUGUGAAAUUUUAUUUUACACCAAUUUCAAAUUUGUAAAACUGCUUUUGAAAUGAUUUAGAUCAUUUCUCCAACAAACGCUGUGAGAGAAAUGGGUAUGUGCACAUUGUUUUAAGUUGUUCUUAUGUACACUCUAAGCAAGCCUGAAUCGAGCGCUUCUAAAUGUUUGUAGUUGGAGCAUUGUAUUUGCUGGUAAGAGGAAUUGAUUGUACACCCUGCAUGAUAGGAUUGUACCAAACCCUGUAUGUGUUUUGCCAUUUUGUAACAUUUGUUGUUUUAUUUAAAACAUCAGCCCACAAAUGCAGAUGUUCAUUCAAGCAAGGCCCUGUAUUAAGAUGAGGAACCCAUCUGCAUGAAUUGAAUUGUGUACAAUAAACUGUAUCCCAUGUUACACCAACUCUCAACUAACCUGGUGACUUCCCGGAAGUCUGAUCUUGGCUGGAGAGAGACAUAUUGGGAGCAUGUGUGCAUGUUAUGCAUGUGUAUUGUUGCCUUUUCAACAGAAGGGCUUCAGCAACUAUUCAUUUUGUCUGCUGAACCACAAACAGUGAAGAUUUGUUUCUAAUGUGCCUUGUGGCUGUGCACAUAUGUAUUUAAAUAAAGUCACUGUCACAGAACUGGA